UCGGUUCCACGGCCAUCGGGAUCCAGACCUCGGAGGGCGUCUGUCUGGCUGUGGAGAAGAGGAUCACGUCCCCGCUCAUGGAACCCAGCAGCAUCGAGAAGAUCGUCGAGAUCGAUUCCCACAUAGGGUGUGCCAUGAGUGGCUUGAUAGCCGAUGCAAAGACUUUAAUUGAUAAAGCAAGAGUGGAGACUCAGAAUCACUGGUUCACCUACAAUGAAACCAUGACGGUGGAGAGCGUGACGCAGGCCGUGUCCAACCUGGCGCUGCAGUUCGGGGAGGAGGACGCAGACCCAGGGGCGAUGUCUCGCCCGUUCGGUGUCGCGCUGCUCUUUGGAGGAGUGGAUGAGAAGGGGCCUCAGCUGUUCCACAUGGACCCGUCGGGGACGUUUGUUCAGUGCGAUGCCAGAGCUAUCGGCUCUGCCUCGGAAGGCGCACAGAGCUCCCUGCAAGAGGUGUACCAUAAGUCCAUGACGCUGAAAGAAGCCAUCAAAUCUUCCCUCGUCAUCCUGAAACAAGUCAUGGAGGAGAAACUCAACGCCACCAACAUUGAGGUAACGCCGGUCCGACAGCGCGCCGAAACCCUAAACGCUCUGUCCCGGAGCGAUGCCGGCGGCGGAAAUCGCCUCCCCGGGAUGCACUCCCCACCCACACCGCUCCGCUCUCCCUUCCUCAGCUUCAGGUCUCCGCUGGAAGAUGUACAGUGGGAAGAAGCUGAGGCGGAGGAGCGUGUACAGUAG